GAGCCCGCGUGGAGGGCGGAGCGCGCUUCUCUAGAGGUGGAACCGGUAUCCCAGAGCUCGCGCCUUCUGUAGGCACCCCUUCCUUGCCGGCCGGCUCUUCGGCUGCACAGUUUUACCCAAGACUCGAGACAGUGAGCAGAGCUGUGUUGAUGAUUUUCUAGGACUGCUUUCUAUAACAUUUUACCACAAAUUGGGUGUCUUCAAACAACUGAAAUUUAUUCUCUCAUGGUUCUGGAGGCCCAAAGACUGAAGUCAAGGUGAAAUCAAGAAUUUGCCCACUUUUCUGGUAAAACUAGUUCUGAUGGCUGGGAAUAAAGGACGUGGACGUGCAGCUUACACCUUCAACAUUGAGGCAGUUGGAUUUGGCAGAGGUGAAAAGCUCCCCGAUGUAGUACUGAAACCACCCCCACUAUUUCCUGAUACAGAUUAUAAACCUGUGCCACUUAAAGCAGGAGAGGGCGAGGAAUACAUGCUGGCCUUGAAACAGGAGUUGAGAGAAACUAUGAAAAGAAUGCCGUAUUAUUUAGAAACGCCUGAAGAAAAACCAGAUAUUGAAAGAUACAGUAAAAGAUAUAUGAAGGUAUACAAAGAGGAGUGGAUACCAGAUUGGAGAAGACUCCCAAGAGAAAUGAUGCCAAGGAAGAAGUACAAAACAGCAGGCCCCAAACCCCAAAAGGCAAAAACUACAGGCAAAGGCGCUUCACUCACUAAUACUGCAGAUGUAUUGAAAAAAAUCGAGGAAUUGGAAAAGAGAGGUGAUGGUGAAAAGUCAGAUGAGGAAAAUGAAGAGAAAGAAGGAAGCAAAGAGAAAAGUAAAGAAGGUGAUGACGAUGAGGAUGAUGAUGCUGCAGAACAAGAGGAGUAUGAUGAAGAAGAGCAAGAAGAGGAAAAUGACUACAUUAAUUCAUACUUUGAAGAUGGAGAUGAUUUUGGCGCAGACAGUGAUGACAACAUGGAUGAAGCAACCUACUAGCUGUGGAAUUUCUCCAAAAAUAUCUUUAUGAUACAGCUUGUAAACAUUUGGACAGACUUGUUUUCUAUUUCUGAUAAGGAAUGAGUAUUGUAUUUCUGUUCCUGUUUUGUUAGACAAAUAUUUGCUGUCAGUAUGUUCAGAACCUCAUUGAGUUUACAUUCCAGGUAUCUUAUCAGUUAGUCUCUCGUGCUCUGACAUUCCUUCUCAACACCCGUCACCCCUUUUAUGUGUUCAAGUGGAUUUUUUGGGGUAUUAUUUGGAUUUGAAUGUGUCUAGAGUUUUUGCAUCUUUUAAUCUAUGUAUUCAUACUUGAACAAAUUAUUCUUGUUUAACUUGAUCUGUUGUAAAACUAUUACUAGUCAUCAUAGUGGAUUACUGUAAUCUAAGCAUUGACUUAAUACUGCACAAGGAGCACUUUAAAAACAAAGAAACUUGAAAAUAAUUUUAUCUUUUACUUUUACAUGGUAUGUUCUGUGCUAUGACUACAUAAACCUACCUGAGUUCACAGCUGCAUAAUUUAGGAGAAUGGAAGUUUUGUGAUCAGAAACAACACACUGAGAGAAAUGCCAGAUUUUGUAGUGGCCACUGUUAAAUUUCAUAGGACUCCUAAUUACCCAAGUGAUUUCUAUCACAGUGUAGAAUAAAACUCAGGUCAUUUUAAAAUUAAGAUUAAUCUUUUUUGUUUAUUAAAAACUAGCUCCCCUGCUUUUUUAUAUUUUGGCAGGGACAAUACCUAAAAACCCUCAGCCUCCAAAGACACACAAAUGCCAAAGAUUUGCAAAGGAAUUCAUAUUCUGUAUUUUUAAAUGAUUAAUAUUACCUGCCAAAAGGAAUAAAGAAAUUAAUUUUUCUCUUUGAGGAAGAUAUUACCUAUUACCCUCUAACCUUGAGAAUCACAGCCAAAUUCUAUUUCUGCCUUUACUAUUAGGCUCAGUCAUGAAAAUGAGCUUGGUUAAGUUUUCUGUGCCUUAGUUACUCCUACUUUAAACUUUUUCCUAUAAAAAUUGUUUAAACACCAAACAAAAUUUGCCGUAUGUAUUCAUGCUUACCUUGUAAAAAUGAUCAUUUAAUUUCAAUUUGGCUCUCUCACCCUCAAAAAAUUGUAGCUGGUAAGUGAUUGAAAACGGUUUCAAAAAUCAAACGUAUUUUCCUCGCAAAAUAUAUUAUAAUCUGAUUUUCCCACUGUAUAUUCUGGAGGGGAGGACUGGAGAAAACUUAUGUUGUAUCAUUUUGUAAUGUGACUUUCUCAGGAAAAAGAUCAUUUUCAACUUUAAUACUUCUUCAGUUAAUUCAAGAUGGGUUUGAGGACCAUUAUUAGUUCAGUGCUGUGUUGAUCAUAUGCGAAUUAUUUGUUGAAGCUGGGAAAUUUUAAACAUUCUAAAUAACAGGAAUUAAAAAUCUAUGCUAAAACAACAGUCUACUGGGUUUAAAAGAGAAACUCAUAAAGUUUCCAGUUGUAAUGGGCAAAUAAAGUCCCUUAAGAUUAUUCAUUAAAACAUUGAUGUUUUA